AUGCUCAUGGGUGAUGAAGUUAAGCGAUACCUGUUUGUGCUGUCUUUAAGGGGCACCCUCUGUGUUCGCAAGCCUGGGACCUUCCCUCUUUUGCAGACUUUGAGGGGUUCCUUGCACCCCUUGGCCUCCGAAUUCCUCCAGGCUCAGGAGGUGAUUGUCCGAAUCGCUGCCCAGCUGUUGGCCAACGAUCAGCCCCUGGGAAGCAGCCGGCCAGCCGCAAAGCCCAACCUGCUGGAAGCCAUCCAGCGGCUCCGUCAGCAGCUGAGCGAGGAAAAGGAGCUCGUUUUCCAGCUGCAGGAGAGAAAUCGGCAGCUUCAGAGCAGCCAGGAAGAGAAAACGGCCCGUGGGCUGGAAGAGAACCGGCAGCUGCAGGAGCAGAAAGAGAAAGUGUCCCGUCUACUGAAGGAGAAGCAACAAGUCCAGGAGAAGUUGGAGGACCAGGAAAAACUGGUGUCCGAGCUACUGGGAAAGAACGGGGAGCUUCAGCAGGAGCUGGAGGAGAAGGACAUUCGAGUGUCACACCUGGUGCAAGAGAACGACUGGCUCCGUCAAGAGAAUGCGAGACUCCAGAGGAGUCCCGGAUCCCAGAGAUGGGCUUCUUCCUCCUGGGCCAGUUCUGCUCCCCCACUCACAGCCUUCCCCGUGCAGGUCUGGACCACUGGGCAGACGGGAGGCUGCGAAAAGGACAUUGUCAACGACGUCUCCAAGCUCCUGGCAGGCCACGGGAUCUCCCUCCAGCAGGAGGGUUACGAAGAGAAGUCUGACCGCUUCCUCCUCCUCUUCUGCCCUGUCUCCUCCCGCGUGGGCAGCGACACACUCUGUGCCCUGGCGGCGCUGAACAGAAUACGAAAGGCCGUCCUGGUCGUCCUUCACCACAAGCCGAAGGGCAGCACCCAAGAGAUCUUGGACACCCAGCGGCAGGUCCAGCACGAAGCUCUGGUGCGCACGGUGCAUGCCUGCUACAGCAUCCAGGAUGGAUUCUACGCCUGCGAGAUGAACGAGGCCGCCGUGGCGUCCGUGGCAAAGGCCAUCCAGGAGCAGAGGAGGAGCUGAGCCACACAUCCGGCGCGCCGACUUCUCUAGGGUGGUUGACCGCGGUGGGCAUGCAAAAUCGAGUUUUUGGGGAAUGAGGGUGCUCACUGCAAUGCGCGUUUUUCGGACUGGCCUGGCCUGGCUUGCUACCUCCAGGCUGCCUCCACUCACCCUGGGAUGUCAUGGUAAUGGGUGCAGAGCUCUCGGAAGAAGGUGUCUUGUCAGAGUCAGAGCCUCGGGUCCAUCUAACUCU